AUGACAGCCCGAGCUCGCGUUGAUGCUGCCAGCGCGCCAAGCCUGGGCAAGAACUUCCGCCGUCUGGAUACUAGGGCCGAUCAGAAGGGCUUCGCCUCAAGCUCAAGCCAAUGCAACCCUUCGCAGACGCGACAUCAAUCACAAAGGCUAGCAACGGACGCCUCACGUCCCUAUGCCUCUCCUCGUUCUUUGCCGUCCCUACCAUCCACUUCCAGUCGUGUGCUCUGGGCCAUAGGUCUAGGUACAGCAAUUCUCUCCUCCUGGGCGCUCUUCACAGCACACGCAACCAACAAGGAGCGACUGAGCAGCAGUGUUUUGAGGGCUGCGCUGGAUCAGGCAAAGGAGAAUGUAUCGCUAAGAAAGAGGUUGGGCGUGGGAAAGAUCGCUAGUCUAGAUGAAGUGGAUGCUGAUUUAGGAGACGUUAGAUUGGUCAGGAGCUCCUGGUUACUGGGCCAUGCUUGGGUCGGUGGUGGUGUGAGUGCGAGUCAAUGUCAUCCGCCCUGCAAACAAGUCUCUGUUCGCCCUUUGAUGAUUGACAUCUUUGUCAUCUCUUCUGGUGCUGUGUUCCAGAUCAAUAUGAUGCAAGGCCGGAUAGACAUUAACUUUCAGGUCAAAGGACCUUCUGGUGAGCUCCGCGUUUUUCACUCUCAACCUGAAACCUCUGCUCUCCGCUCACGCCUUCUCACUCUUCUUGUCACCCGCUCAGAGGAGACUGCAACGAUCUACUUCAAAUCCUACAGACCUUCUCAAGAGAAGCUCUUUGUUAUUCAAAGGUUUGAAGCGGUACUGGACAAGAGUGGAGAGGUGAUUCCGCUCAGUGGCAGAGUAGGCGGAGGUAGUAAAGGAAUCACAGCUGGCAUCUAA